AGCAUUAUGUUGCCCGGAUAUGCGGAGAGAACCCUCGAUACUAUCCGAAUAUGCAGGGAUACCCUUGAUACUGCCCGCAUAUGCGGGGUAGAUUUCUCAAUACUAUCCGCUAAGACUGUACAAGGGACACAGUCUAGCUCCACGACUCUAGGCGACUAUAUGUUCCCAGGAAGGACGGUCAAAUUGGAAGAGUACCUGAAGGAGAGAUCAUGAUUCCCCCUCGUUACACUCGCCGCAAGUUCGUGCCACUCACCCUCUUGGAGAAGAUAUUAAUUGCUGGGUUGUUGGAGAUGGUUUAACAAAUCGGUGAAUUACACGAAUGACGUGGAACGGAAGAGGAGUAAUCAAGAUAUGAUCACAACCAGUGUUACCAGCUGCUUCUGAAGAAAUUCUGAGGGAAAUUCUAUGGAUUUGAUGAGGAAUGAAGCGCGUUGUGUCCCUCCCCGCCCUAACAUGGUUCUUAUCCCUCAUCAUUCCAUCCCUCUCCCGGAACCUGUUUGUCGAUUACUUCAUGACAUCAGAGACCCAGUACCUAAAUUCUAGGUGUUGCAAAUCAGAUAACACCGACCUCAUUGUCAUACACCCAGAAUCUUCGCUGGAGAACACCGAAUCACUUUUCCUAAACUUUACAAUAAACAGAAACCUACUACGCCACACCAGAGAAAAGUCACUCUGCAGCGCAGAGCUGCGUCUGUACCAACAGGGACAGUCUACACGGCAACCCCAACGGAUAGAGGUCCUCCUUAGGGGACUCUACGUUCUGGACAGUAAACAGCUGGGCCAAAACGUCCGGGGCUGGAAGAAUUUCAAUGUGUACGACGCUUUUAUUGACGAUAACUCGCUUCCUGAGGAGUUAGUAAAAGAUACACGAAACAAGGUUCUGAUACGUUUUGAAGUAAGGCCUCACAAGUUGGACUUGCAGAAGAACUUGCUGCCCCAUUUCAAAUCAGGAAUUAUCGGCGAACACAAGCCAAGAAUAUUUCUGAAAAGUUGUAGACAGUCUAAGAGGAAAGUUGUCAACAACUUUACUCGAAGGUACGACAACGCCCGAACUCCUGCCAGCAAAUUUAAUGAACCAAGUUACUGGCUGAGCCCUGAUGACCAGGAUGAGGGUAAGUGUGGGGUGCGACUCCUUUACCUUCAGUUUGAUAAAGACAUGUCCAUACCCUCCAUCCGGGCCCCUCAGGGUGUGUACGUUAACUACUGUUCUGGCAGCUGUCCUUAUCUGUGGAAAACUGAGGAUCCACCCCUUCACACUCUUAUCUUAGGUCAGUACGCAGAGCAGAUAAGAGAAUCAGUGUAUGAACCGUGUUGUGUGCCGGCUAAAUACGAGGCUGCCGAGGCCAUCACUGUUGAGAAUCAGAUAAUUAAGUUUGACGACCUAAGAGUUACUUCCUGUAAGUGUGUUUGAAGUUGCACGUGUGACGCGUUUCCAUGGCGCGCAGCUGCGUCGCCCCAGUAACCAGGCACCGAACGUAUGAGCACAUUUUAGUGGCCCUCGAACCGUGAAGCACAGAGAAAGAACCCGUGGAAUAUUCUCUGGAAUAUUCUCCAGAACUCUAGAAGGUAAGAGGGAUUUUUCUGAGACCAUGGGUUCAAAUGACUGAUGAGAAUUGGAGAGACCGAAAUGUACUGUGUGUGUUAUUUAUGUAUGAUGAUCAGAUUUAUAGUAACAUUAUUUUGUAGCGAUUGUUUUGACGCGUUUUGAUAGGACCUAGCUAGAAAACGGACUAAAAUUUAUUAUUUGAACUUUUUCUUUGUUGAAAGUGGAAAUCAGCAAAAUUCUUUCAAGGAAUAUUUUUGAAUUGUUGAAAACAGCAUCAAAUGUUGUGUUAAGUUAAACUAUAACUCUAAGAUGCGUGCUUGUGUGUGUGCUUUAUUUCUAUUUUGCUUUAAAUUUUGAUUUUAUCUUACAGUUACUGAAGUCGAUACCUUUGUCGCAAUAAAGAUUUCCUCCUGGCAUGAGUGUACGUUUCUUUUUAAAAAUUUCAUUUCCGGCUAUCGCCCUACGCUAAAAUAAGCAUGUAUUUGAUAAACAAUUCCCUCUGAAUUGACUCAGAAAAUGAUAGAAAGAAGGUCCACAACAUAUCGGCUUUGAAUUCGAGGAAUUUAAUUUAGGUUUAGUUUGAAUUUUGAUGUAAAUAAGAGUUUAAAUUUAAAAUAUAUAUGAUAAUGAAUCUGUAUAUUAGCCAGAAUUUUGAUUUCACCAAUCUUUUAA